AUGGGAAGUGGCAUUCGCUCCGCAGGACUUUCUGCUUCAGUACGAGUUGAAAGCAAGCGCCGGUGGUGGCAUUACAACUUCUCAAUCCAUCAUGUCUUCUCGUCAACACUUCGACGGCUUGUUCGCCAACACACCCACUUCAUCGAACAAAACGACGCCAAGAUGCUUACCAGAAUCGCGCUCGCCACGACGCUCUACGUCGGCACUGUGUUCUCACUGCCAUCACACUCAUCGGAUCUGGAGACUCCUCUUGACUCGGGAGAUCACGUCCUCCAGACAGAACCCGAGUUGGCUGUCUUUUGCAUUGCGCAGGACCAUACAGCGACCACGGAAGACUUUGCCAGCGGUGCGCCACCUCAGGGCUCAUCUUGA